GUUCAGAUCGUGUCCCGUGUUUCCGGUCGGACUCCUGUCGCGUCGCACUCUUUUCCGCUCCGCCUCCGUUAAAGGACUCAGCGGCGGUUCGCGGGUCAAUUUUUAAACCUAGUUUGGCAGAAUCCGAUAUUAAUCGGAGCCAUCCGAGCAGCAAACAUGACGGUGGGUAAGAGCAGUAAGAUGUUGCAGCACAUCGACUUCCGGAUGCGCUGUAUCCUCCAGGACGGCCGGAUCUUCAUCGGCACGUUCAAAGCGUUCGACAAACACAUGAACCUGAUCCUGUGCGACUGCGACGAGUUCAGAAAGAUCAAACCCAAGAACUCCAAGCAGCCGGAGCGAGAGGAGAAGCGGGUCCUGGGUCUGGUUCUGCUCCGGGGAGAGAAUCUGGUUUCUAUGACCGUGGAAGGACCGCCUCCUAAAGACACCGGGAUCGCCCGCGUGCCGCUGGCGGGAGUCGCUGGGGGUCCGGGGGUCGGCAGGGCCGCGGGGCGAGGUGUUCCUGCUGGAGCUCCGAUGGCGCAGGCCCCCGCUGGACUCGCUGGCCCCGUGAGGGGAGUCGGGGGCCCGUCACAGCAGGUACACAAUUUACACAGAAUUUACAUUUACCUUUGCUCUAGGCGCGCCAGUACCGCCGUGGCUCCCACGCCCAGUAUCGCCGGGGCUCCCACGCAGUAUCCUCCGGGCCGCGGUGGACCUCCUCCUCCUCCGAUGGGCAGAGGAGCGCCUCCUCCGGAUACAAUCGUCCCUCCCCAAGGCACCCCCCAGCCCAUGGGACCGCCGAUGGGGAUGCCACCCGGCCGCGGCGCUCCGAUGGGGAUGCCUCCUCCGGGCAUGAGGCCGCCUCCUCCUGGACUCAGAGGUCCUCCUCCUCCAGGCAUGCGUCCUCCCAGACCCUAAACCUCUGAGAUCUGCAUCUUUUCCUCGUACGGGAAAGUUUGGCUGCAAGUUCUUGUAUAGUUUUUGUUUUUUGUAUCUUGUCAUUUCGUUCCUUUUUUUUAAAUAAAGUGUCAAAUGGA